UUCAAAACAACAAAACAAUCUUAAAAUUAUGGAAGCCGUGGAAGUCAUCACCACCACCACAAUCAAGGCACCUACUCAUAGUAUCCAUAACUCACCUCGUAAAAUCCAUUUAACUCCAUUUGAUCUUCCAUUUCUCACCGUUGAAUCCAUCCAAAAAGGUCUUCUUUUUGGCAGCCCAAAAGACACAGCAUUCCAAAUAAAUAAUCUUCAACGUUCACUUUCCUCCACCCUUGCCUUCUUUCCUCCCAUCACUGGUCGUCUCGUCAUACUCCAACAUCACGACAACAUUGUCUCAACCCACAUCCUUUGCAACAACGCCGGAGUCCUCUUUGUCCACGCCGUUGCACCCAACACCACUGUCGCUCACAUCCUUCAACCCAAAUACAACCCUCCCAUCAUUCGCUCCUUCUUUCCACUCAACGGCGUUAAAAACUACAAGGGCACUUCACAGCCAUUGCUGGCAGUGCAGGUGACGGAGCUAGUUGACGGCAUCUUCAUCGCCCUAACAAUCAACCAUGUCGUUGCUGACGGCAACUCGCUGUGGCAUUUCGUGAAUUCCUGGGCUGAAAUCUCACGUGGCUCCCUUAAAAUAUCCAAACUCCCUUCUCUCCACCGUUACUUUCCCGAUGGCAUUGAACACCCCAUGCGCUUUCCCUUCACAGAGGAGGAAGAAAUCCGACACUCCCCAAACCUCAAACAACAAAUUCCUCCUGAGAGGGUCUUCCAUUUCGGGAAGGAAAAAAUCGCGGAACUGAAAAGAAAAGCCAACGCAGAAGCCAACACAGACAAAAUAUCUUCUCUGCAAGCGCUUUUAACUCUACUUUGGCUCUGUGUGAUUCGUUGCCGACACGUAGAGCCUGAAGAAGAGAUAAGUUACGUGCUUGCGAUUGGCGUUGGGCCCAGGAUGGUUCCACCAUUGGCAGAGGGUUAUUUUGGAAACUCAGUGAUGUUUGGUGUUGUGACCAUGAAAGCCGGGGAACUAUUGGAGGGUGGUCUUGGGAAGGGUGCUCUGGACAUGAACAAGAUGAUUGCUUUGCACUCUCAUGAGAGGUUAAAGAACCACUAUGAGUCUUGGGUGAGAACUCCGAGGCUGCUUAAAUUGUUUGGUGGUUCACUGGCCACUAGCAGUUCUCCGAGGUUCGACUUUUACGGUAACGAUUUUGGGUGGGGAAAGCCCGUGGCGGUAAGAAGUGGUGGUGCAAAUAAGGGUUGCGGAAAGAUUAGUGUGUAUGCAGGCGCUGAAGAAGGUUCUAUCGACAUUGAAGUGUGCCUUCCUUUUGAGAUUUUGGAGGCAAUGGAAAAUGACCCCGACUUCAUGGAUGCCGUUUUCAGCUAGCUAUUCUAGCUACAACACAAGAUCUUACAAGUCCAAUUUCUGUCAGAUCCAUGAUUGUUAGUAGCAUAAGCAAUCCAGAAAAGAUCUUUGAGGAGUUGGUUAAUUAGAAAUUAUUUUGAAUCGAUAACUUGUUCUUAUAAGAAGUUUUAUCUCUCCUAGUAGUUUAAGCUUUUCUUUUCUUAAACGAAUGGUUAAAAGGAGAUAUUGUCGAUGUAGGGUGGGAUAUAUGAAGAUUUAUCUGGAUUGUUUGGAUUACUCCAAAUGUUUUUCCAAUAGAAAAUUAA